AUGGCUACAAUCGGAGAUGUGGAAAUCAAAGACGUCUUAAAAGUAGAACGGAUUGGUGUGCAUUCACAUAUUCGAGGUCUCGGUUUGUCAUCAAAUCUUGACCCGAGCCCCAAUGGUGAUGGAAUGGUCGGUCAACAGGCGGCAAGAAGAGCUGCGGGUCUUAUUGUCAAAAUGAUUCAGGAUGGUAAAAUAGCCGGAAGAGCAAUUCUAAUUGCCGGUCAGGCCGGAACAGGAAAGACUGCUCUAGCAAUGGGUAUAUCAAAAGCUUUAGGAACAGACACUCCGUUUGUUUCCAUCACUGCAUCAGAAAUUUAUUCAGUGGAAAUGAGUAGAACAGAAGCCUUGAUGCAAUCUUUCAGAAAAGCUAUCGGUGUCCGAAUCAAAGAAGAAACUGAGGUUUUAGAAGGAGAAGUUGUUACUAUUGAGAUUGACAAACCAGCUACUGGUCCCGGUCCCAAGGUGGGGAAAUUAACCAUGAAAACAACAGAUAUGGAAACUAUUUACGAUCUCGGAAGUAAAAUGGUUGAAUCUUGUAUAAAGGAAAAAGUAUGCGCUGGAGAUGUGAUUCAGAUCGAUAAGGCUUCAGGACGGGUGACUAGACUGGGACGCGCUUUCACACGCAAUCAUGAUUACGAUGCGAUGGGUCCUCAGACUAAGUUCGUACAGUGCCCUGACGGGGAAAUUCAAAAAAGAAGGGAAACAGUCCAUACCGUUUGCCUUCAUGAAAUCGAUGUCAUUAAUUCGCGUACUCAAGGAUUCCUUGCUCUGUUCUCUGGUGAUACAGGAGAGAUUAAGAGUGAAGUGCGAGAGCAAAUAAACAAAAAGGUAGUUGAAUGGAGAGAGGAGGGCAAAGCCAUGGUUGUGCCUGGUGUUCUUUUCAUAGACGAAGUGCAUCUCUUAGAUUUGGAAUGCUUCUCUUUCCUCAAUAGAGCAAUCGAAACAGAGUUAUGUCCUAUUUUGAUUAUGGCCACUAACAGGACCCAUUGCCCAGUAAGGGGAACAGAUGUUGUCUCUGCCCAUGGAAUACCUGCCGAUUUAUUGGAUCGCUCUCUUAUUAUUCGAACAUCUGCCUAUGCCAAGGAGGAAAUAAAGCAGAUCAUAUCCCUCAGAGCCGAUGAGGAGGGGACCAGAAUUCAACCUGAUGCUCUCGAGCUUCUAUCGGUAACUGCUCAGAAGACCAGCUUGCGUUACGCUAUGCAGCUGAUUUCAUUAGCAAAUGUUUUGAGAGAUCGGAAGAAAGCAGAUCUCGUCACAAAUCUCGACGUACAAGAAGCCUAUCGGUUAUUCUAUGACACUAAACGAAGUGAAAAAUAUUUGAACAGUGUUAACAGUUUCUGUACUUGA